AUUCUUAUUUCUGUUUCUGUCUGUCGGUUGUAGUGAUUGUUUCUGUUAUUCAUUCAUCCAUUACGGUUCCGAAUUCCGAUUUGAUAUGUGUAAUGAUUAGUGAAUGAAGAAAGCAAUAUAAAUAAAAUUAGUAGUGACAAGAAGCAGCAAAAGUGUCUGAAUUAUUUUGUUGUGAUACAGGCUUUGUUAGGCUAGGCCAUUCAGAAUCAGGCUAGGCCUAGUACAACCAGUGUUAGUUAGGCCAAGCAAUAUACAAGAGGCAAGAUUUUUCCAACACACAUUCAUCAGAUUCGUCUUAAUUCUUGAUAACUAACUUACGAUUAGGAUAGAACUGCGGAAUGGAUGAUCCAGCAGACUUAUUACAUCGGCUCGUUUUAGAAGACACACCUCCGGUAGACACCUUGACCGAUUGUUUUCGCAGCCUUAGAAACAACUGCGCUGUAAAUUCUGAGGUACAAAGCUCUCUGGCGGAGUUAUCCGUUCUGAAUGACGCCAAUCUUGCAAUCAACAAAAGUUUGGAUAAGAGGGGAGACGAUUGGACGUUAUGUUUGAGGAUCAGUGCUCAGUUCCUGGGGAAUCUCAUUGUAAACAACCCCAAAACACAGCGGAUUGUGUGGACCAAAUGCUGCUCUCAGUUAAAACAAAUGGCGACACACGGAGAUGAAAAACUGACUAAUAUCUGCAUGAUGGUGUUGUACAAUAUACUACUUGGGUGUCCUAAUCUAACCAAGGACUUUAUCUCUGAUGAAGAGUUUGUGAGAAUAGUCUGCACAAGUGGUGGAGAUGGUCUUGAGUUUGCGCAAUAUAUAAUGGAACAUCUUAUGACUCAGGAUGUAGACUGGGCCAAAGUUUACACUUCUCAAGUUCCAGUUCAGGGAAGGUGA